GUUGUUAGCUCUUUUCAACAGAAAAUUUAAAUGAAACUUUGAACUGCUUGUAUUUUGUGAUAAAAAUUACUUUAGCUAAAACGAUAAGAAUUAAAAUAUGAUUAUUAAAUCUUUUUAUGUUGAAUCAGUUGAAGUCAGAGUAUGAAAUUAAAAUCCGGAGGGAAAGACAUGCAAAGGAAUGUGGUUCAGUGCGAUGUGUUGUUUGACAUGUUGUCAAGUAACUGAUAAGACUCUAUAAACAAAUGAGGGCGGGUGUGUGUCCCAUAAACAAAAGCCAAACACCCAGUAGCCCCGGAAUCGUCUCUCAACGUAGUUCUUUUCAGGAUUUGUAACCAUCUACUGAAAAUCCCUCAAAAAUUAGAUUUUCUGUGAUUUGAAAAUGUCUCGGCUGUUGUUGCUUUGUGUGUUUCUGGCUUCCUUCAGCUACAUCUCCUCUACAGAAGUCUGCACUAAUACUCUAAUUCCAGGAGCUAAAGGAGACCAAGGUGAGACUGGAGAAGAGGGUGAUCAGGGGAAAAUUGGGAAAAAUGGACCAGCGGGACACUCAGGAACCCCAGGGGAACAAGGGAUCAAAGGAGAAAUUGGACAAACAGGAAAAAUUGGAAUUACAGGAGAAAAAGGUGACAAAGGAAACAAAGGUAUGGCAGGCCCUCAUGGAUUGAAAGGAGGACCUGGCACAGCAUGUGACUGUGGGAGGUACAGACGCGUGGUUGGACAACUGGAUCUCAGUGUAGGCAAGCUUAGAAACGCUAUCAGUUUUAUGAAGAAUGUUGUUUUGGGCUUAAGGGAGACAGAGGAAAUGUACUACUUCCUUGUGAGGGAGGCCAAGACCUUCAGAGAAGCUUCAGUAAACUGCAAAGUGAGAGGGGGCAGUUUGGCCAUGCCAAAAACCAGCACCAGCAACCACCUCAUGGCGGACUAUGUCAAUCAGGCAGGCCUGACCAGGGUCUAUGUUGGAGUGAUCCAGGAUCCAAACAGGAACACGAACGAAACAAGCAGCUACAUUUAUGCAGACUCCAGUCCUCUGCUGGGGUUCUCAGCCUGGAGUCAAGAGGAGAAACUGUCUUCCAGGCAAUCCCUGAACAUCAGCUCCAGCUGUGUGGAGCUGCUAAGCACAGGAACAUGGAGUCAUGUGGAGUGUGACUCCACCAUGUAUUUCCUCUGUGAGUUCCUAAAGAUCCGAAGAAGAGGAGCCGGAGGAAGAGGAGUGCCUGCAGCAGCUUCAUUGCCUAAAUAAAAUAACUUCAAGAUAACUUAGGUGGUUUCAUAAAUAAGGUUUGUACUACUGUUAUGUACCAGUUUAAACACUUUUUUUUAAUGGAAAAACUGUUAAAAAAAACUAAAAAAAUCAUAUAUCUGGUCCUUGGAUCUACCACAUUUAACCAAGUGAUGUUUUCUGAUAUUAAAAGUGCCUAAAGUUGAUAAGUUCUUGUGUUUUAGCUGGACAGAAUUGAUGGCAGAGAAGCAGACCCACAUUCUAAAUACAAUUUAUUUACAAUUUAUUCACCUAACUUUAAUUUUAAAAGUCAACGGCAUGAGGAGGCUUUUUUAACUAUGGCAAGUGUUACUUUCUAUUUUCUGUAUUUUUAUAAAUAUACAGUCUUAAUUAUUAUUAUUAUGUGUAAAACAAUGUGUAUUAAAAUGACGAUUGCUUAAAUCUUUUUGAUGUUUUAACAGUUCUGGCCAAACUAAGGGGUUCCAAACUAUUGCUCUAAUUUGGUUUCCGAAAAUAUUUUGAAAUGAAAAAAUCUCUUGACAGUCCUUCUGACCCGACUCUUGAAAGGAAUAAACAUAAUGUCUUCCUUUAAUAAAAUGCUUGCUGCA